AUGCAAGCAAUAAAAUGUGUCGUGGUUGGUGAUGGUGCAGUUGGUAAGACGUGUUUAUUGAUCAGCUAUACAACUAAUGCAUUUCCUGGAGAAUACAUACCAACAGUUUUUGAUAAUUAUUCAGCGAAUGUCAUGGUCGAUCAGAGGCCAAUCAACCUUGGGCUUUGGGAUACAGCUGGUCAGGAGGAUUAUGAUCGUUUAAGACCACUUAGCUACCCACAAACUGACUGCUUUAUUCUCUGUUUCAGCCUUGUCAAUCCCGCAUCUUUCGAGAACAUUCGAGCAAAAUGGCAUUCAGAAGUCUCGCACCAUAGUCCUCAUACUCCAAUCAUUUUAGUUGGAACAAAACUUGAUUUACGUGAAGAUCCAAAAACGGUUGAAAAAUUACGAGAGCGUCGACUUACACCAAUUAGCACAGUUCAAGGACAUCAAAUGGCUAAGGACAUUAAAGCUGUCAAAUAUUUGGAGUGUUCUGCCUUGACUCAAGUUGGAUUGAAGCAAGUUUUUGAUGAAGCAAUCCGUGCUGUGCUUUGUCCUCCUCCACCAAAACCUAAGAGAACAUGUGGUGUUCUUUGAAUUUACUAUUUUGGUUACAUCAUCGAGGGUUUUUAUUUUCCAAGAUUUAUACAUUUUUAAGCCCUUUUUCUGUUCAAACUUGCUUAUCUUUUCACUAAAAAUGUUAGUUAUCUGAUGCUUAACCCAAAAUAUAUACUUAACUAUGCAUUCAGCUU